CGCAAGGUGGAAAUACACCCCAGACAAAAUCUUGAGUAGCCAUCAUAGCCUGAUAAGUGUUGCAGUGGAAUUGGAAGCCUUCCCAGAAACACUGCAUACAAGGUAGUAAUGUAAACUGGUCAGGGUGCCAGUUCAUUACAAGGAACUUUAAGCAUGGGACCAGAAGAGUGUAAUGAAGUUACAGAAGUUGUGUGUUUGGAGUCAGAUCUGCAGAAUGGACAAAUGAAGGAGGUUGAGGUGAAUCAACAUAAAAUUCUGCUGGUUCGAAAUGAAGACAAGUUUAGUGCUGUGGGCAGUCUGUGUACUCACUAUGGAGCUUCACUUAGUAACGGGAUUUUAAUGGGAGACAGAGUGAGAUGUCCCUGGCAUGGGGCUUGUUUUAAUACAACCACUGGAGAUAUUGAGGAGUUUCCAGGCCUGGACUCACUGCCUACAUACAAGGUAAAAGUUGAAGGUGGUAAAGUUUAUGUCACAGCAAGUAAAAAGAAUGUGACUAAACGUGUUAAACAAAUGAGCUGUCAAGUCCCCGGGGUCUGCCACACUGUUCUUUUGAUUGGAGGAGGCCCUGCUGCAUUGCAAUGUGCAGAAACCCUUCGACAAAACAGUUACACUGGAAGAAUUAUAAUGGUUACCAAAGAUGAGCAGCUUCCUCUUGACAAGACCAAACUUAGUAAGGCCAUGAAUAUAGAGAGUGAAAAAAUUCUCCUUCGAUCAAGUGACUUUCUACAACUGCAUGGUAUUGAAGUACUGACAGGAAAGGAAGUGGUUUCAGUAAACACACAAGGGAAAACAGUAACUGUUAAUGAUGGUACCACUCAACAAUAUGAUCAGCUCUUAGUCGCUACAGGAGCUAGAGCACGAGGCUUGCAGUGUCCUGGUGCUGAGUUGGAAAAUGUGAAACUCCUUCAAAACUACAAGGAUGCAGCAGAAAUUUAUAAGAUGAGUGUGGGCAACAGUGUGGUCAUCAUUGGAACCUCAUUCAUAGGUAUGGAGGUAGCAGCUUUUCUGUCUGACAAAGCAGGUAGCGUGGCAGUUGUGGGCAAAUCUGAGUGUCCCUACCAGUUCUCACUGGGACCAGAUAUUGGCAAAAUGACCAUGCAGAUUCUGGAAGAGAAGAAUGUAAGAUUCUACAUGAACAGUGAUGUGACUGAGAUGAGAGGGGAAAACGGAAAGGUGAAGCAGGUUAUUUUGAGAAAUGGUGAUGUCUUGCCAGCAGAUGUCGUAAUUGUUGGAAUAGGUGUGAUUCCAAACUCUGAUUUCUUAAAGGGCAGCAUGGUGGAAGUUGAUUCAAAAAGUUACAUAAUUGUUGACAAGCUGAUGAAAACCAACAUUCCAGAUGUCUUUGCUGCUGGCGAUGUGGCGUCUUUUCCUCUUUCAGCUCACGGGAAUAAACGGGUUAAUAUUGCACAUUGGCAGUUGGCACAAGCCCAUGGUCGAGUUGCUGCUUUAAACAUGCUAAAGAAGCAGACCGAACUCCACUCUGUCCCGUACUUCUGGACUGUAUUGCUGGGAAAGAGUAUUCGAUAUACAGGAUAUGGUGAAGGCUACACAGAUAUUAUUUUCAAAGGAAGCAUUGUUGAGAGAAAGUUCCUUGCAUUUUAUAUAAAGGAGGAUGAAGUUGUUGCAGCAGCCAGUUUAAACUUUGAUCCUGCUGUGUCGAGAAUAGCAGAAAUCUUCACAACAGGGCAGAAAGUCACGAAGUCAGAAGCUGAAUCUGAGGAUAUCAGUUGGUUGCAGCUCCCCUAAAACCAGCAUCUGCAUUACCAGUAAAUCCAGAUAAUCUUUUUGUUUUACAACCAACUCUUCUGUUGACUCAUUUUUUAAAUUUAAUUUAUUUAACUUUUAUUUCAUCAGUUGUGAACAGUCUUUGUCUAGAAACAAAGCAGAUCUCAUAUUUGUUCAAUUUAUCAAAUACAUUCCUUUUUUUCUGGAAUUUUCCUAUUAUAUCUCCCAAUCUAGUCAUUUCUAAUUUCCAAUUGUGAAUCCGCUGCCGUUUGCACAACCCCCAAUCUGAUCAAGGAUAGCUGGAUUACCAUAUGCCCCCUCCAACACGUGUCUAAUCCGCGGCCACUUCUUAUCACCUUCCAGUGCUGUACACAGAGCUGUAUUGUAAAAGCCACGCUAACCUUUAUCCAUCGACUCCACCAUCCCACCAUUCACAGCGGCAGCAGGAAAAGACCCAAUCUGAUCUUCCCUUCCUUUAACAUGGCCAAUUGUGUAUGUGUGGACACUCGACCAGGUUGGUGACUUAGCUGAGUGCUUGCUAAAGAUUAGACCACUGCACCAAACAAGCACCAUCAAAUAAAUUUGAAACACAUUUUUAUACCCAGAGCAGCUGGAGAUUAGGCACCGGCUCCUGCACCAGCAUUCGAACCACAUCAUUGAUAAAAAGAGUCGGGCAAACAUUUGGUAUGUUGUUCUGGGUUUUCUACAGAUGCUGUGGUUUUUUUCCACCUUACUAAAAACACACAUGUAGGUGAACUGGUUGCUCUAAAUUGCUCUAAAUUACAUUCUAAUUAAUGUGUGAAUCAGUUAGUACAAGGUAUUUUGUCACCUCAUGCCUAGUGUAACCCUGCAACCCUAAUCAUUAUAUUCUGAUUUUUUUUACUCUGCAUUUACAACAAAUUCCUUUAGUAGACUGAUCAAUAGUUAAGAUAAACUUAAUGUACAGCUAGAUUCCUCUUGUCUUAAAUGUAAUUAUAAUUAAAUAAUAUAUUCUUACAAGUUG